GAAGUUCGAAGCGCAGUUCAUCCGGCAGUUCAACGUUAGCAACCGUUCGAUCAAGUAUUGAGCAAGUGAAGUGAUAUCUUGUUGGAGCAAAUAUCAUCCAUCCUGGUUCGCGCAAAAUGGCCAACUACCGAGGACACAACUUCCAACGGGACGAGGAUGGAUUUGUGAAAGUGUACACGGAUGGUUCGUGCGAGGGCAACGGAACAUCGCGAGCGGCUGCUGGUUUCGGGGUGUACUUCGACGAAGGACACGCAUUGAACACUUCUAAACCGGUGAGCGGACGGGCCACGAACAAUUGUGGCGAAAUUCAGGCCGCCUCUUCGGCCAUACGGACCGCUCGUGAGAAUGGGGUUCAGCGACUGGCCAUCAACACGGAUUCGAAGUUUUUGAUCGAUUCUGCCACCAAGUGGAUGCCGGGAUGGAAGGAGCGCGACUGGACACUGGCCAACGGUGGUCCGGUGAAGAAUAAGGCCGACUUCCAGGAGCUUGAUCGCGAGCUGCGUACGGGCAAUAUGCAGGUCAAAUGGAACCACGUUGAUGCACACCGUGGCAAUCUGGGUAACGAGCGGGCGGACCAGCUGGCCCGCAAGGGUUCCGAAAUGUAUCGAAACCAGCGACGUUAGGAGGUUCGGAACCAAGUUAGAAAUAUGUAUCGUUUUGUUGAGUAAUUUAUGAAAUAGACAUACACACGAAACGCUAUGAGAAAGUGUAAUUAAA